UCCUGCACCUCAUUUGCUCUCGAUUUCUUCCAGCGGUCUUGUGGGUUACUUUUAAUUCUGGCCAAAGAAUCCUUUGCUCUACCAUCUAGCAUAAGAGAAUCGCCCUUACUGCUCUUCUUAAUCUUCCCUGCUACCAUCACAGUGCCCCUCCCCCGCCUAUCUCCCAUUCCUCUCACAGAAUACCCCCGCCAGUGAUGGAUCGAUCAGGAGCAGAUUACGUCCCGGUAGGUGAAGCAGCACCUGAGCUUCUAGACGGUCGCAUUUGGGUCGACGGAUGCUUCGAUUUUUUCCAUCACGGCCAUGCCGGAGCCAUGGUCCAGGCGAGACAGCUCGGCACCGAGCUCUACGUCGGCGUCCAUUCCGAUGAAGACAUCCUUGCAAACAAAGGUCCUACGGUCAUGAACCUCACCGAACGACUCGCAGCAACGGACGCUUGCCGAUGGGUUACCAAGUCCGUCGGUGAUGCCCCCUAUGUGACGCAGCUCCCCUACAUUACCCACUACGGCUGCCGGUACGUUGUUCACGGCGACGACAUUACCUCCGACAGCGACGGCAACGACUGCUAUAGAUUUGUCAAGGAAGCCGGCCGAUUCAAGGUAGUGAAGCGCUCUCCUGGCAUUUCUACAACAGACCUUGUAGGCAGAAUGCUCCUCUGCACAAGAACACAUUUCAUUAAGUCACUUGAGAGAGUGUUGUCUGGAGAGGAGGGAAACGGCACCGAGUCUGAGCGCAAAGCAACCGCUGAUGCCAUGAUGGAGCGCAUGCGCCUCUAUGCCACGGACGAGACUGCUCUUGCUCCUGGUGCUGAGGUGUGGUUCUGGACAGCAUCAACCGAAGCCAAGGCUGAAGAUAGCAAGGAAGAGAAGGGUAGCUUGAGUCAGCUGCUCAAGGGUAACGCCCCUUUCCCAGGCCAACGGAUCGUCUACGUAGAUGGCGGUUUUGAUCUCUUCUCCAGUGGCCACAUUGAAUUCCUCCGUCGCGUCUUGGCUGAAGAAACCGACCUUGCCAAGGCUAACGGAUGGUACACGGAAGAAGCUAUUGCCAAGCGCAAAGCAGAAACCGGCAAGGACUAUGGGCCUGUUCACAUCAUGGUUGGUAUCCACGACGACGAAGUGAUUAAUUACUGGAAGGGCGUCAACUACCCCAUUAUGAACAUCUUUGAGCGCGGUCUGUGCGUUUUACAGUGCAAGUACAUUGACUCGGUUGUCUUUGGUGCACCAUUUGCGCCGACCAAGAUCUAUCUGACCAGCCUUCCUUACGGCACACCUAGCGCUGUCUACCACGGCCCUACUUCAUUCAUGCCCCUUACAUACGACCCCUACGUCGCUCCCAAGGAGAUGGGCAUCUACAAGGCGAUCGGAAUGCACGACUUUGCCCACGUCAACGCGGGACAGAUUGUGCAGCGCAUCAUGGCCAGCCGUGACCAGUACGAGGCCAGACAGAGAGCCAAGGGAAUGAAGGCCGAGGUCGAAGCUGCUGCCAGAGAGCGCGAGAUUUUGGAAGAGGAGCAAAAGAAGCGCCAGGCGGAGCGUGAGGCGGCCGCGUAAGAAGAUUGAAGAAAUUAAAAAAGGGGGGGAUAUUAUAUGCAUAUUAAUAUGUAAACGAGAAAGUAUAUAAUAGAACGCAAUUAAUGAGAGUACAGGUACAGUACA